AUGAACCGAACAAUGGCCGCGGCACCUUUGUUCCAAGCGCUACGCUUGGCAUACAACGACGACAUUCCGGAUGGUUACUGGGGGGAGAAGACGUCGACAUUGAACUUUUGUGAAGAGGGACACCCGCGCAUAUUUCUCAUUGCGUACAUGGGCUACAUCGUCGUUGGCCUCGGGUCCACCGCCUUCCACACCUCGCUCAAGUAUCCCAUGCAGUUGAUUGACGAGCUCUCCAUGAUAUACACUACUUUGUUUAUGGUGUUCGCUACAUUUGCCUACUCAAAGUCGAACCGAUUCUCUGUGUUCCUGGGGAGUGGCCUAGUUCUUCUCGCUGGGUUCAUCACAUCUUAUUACCACAUCACCAAGGACCCUGUCUUUCAUCAGGGCUGUUAUGCGGCCCUGACAACAACGGUCGUACUUCGCAGCUUAUACGUGAUGGAGACGCAGCUGAGACCAGUACUCACGAAAAGAAACGGAGGCACAGCCAGCAGAACCCUCAACACGAUGUGGAUCAUGGUUGGUACCGGACUCGGCGUGUUUCUCACUGGUUUCUUGAUUUGGAACCUUGACAAUGCGUUCUGCAGUCAGAUUAGGAGGCUUAGGCGGCAUGUUGGCCUGCCUUGGGGCGCGCUGCUCGAAGGCCAUGCCUGGUGGCAUUUGAUGACAGGUCUUGCAUACUACUAUAUCACCUGGGGGAUCUGGCUUCGCCGAUGUCUCGAAGGCCGGGAAGAUGAGUACCGACUGGUGUGGCCCAGAUCAUUGUCGUCGAUUCCCGUUGUGGUCAAGGCCAAGAAGAGUGAUUGA